UUUAAAGUCUAAACAUUUUUGUGCAUUAAUUUUGUUUUGAGUUUUAAACGGAAUGUAAUAUUAUAACAAAUAGUUGAAUUAUUCAAAGAAAAACACGCGAAACCUUUAAUUAUCAGUUUGAUAUAUAGUACACAAACUUAAUUAAAAAAACUUUAUUGUAUAUAUAAAGUUUAUUUUGGGUACGUAAUUUGUGUUUUUGCUGAAUAUAUGAAUUGAUCCAAUGAUGUCGCUGAAGCCACGCCAUGUAAAUUUUGAAGAGACAUGGUCAAAAUUACGAGAAACGAUAUCCGGUGUGGUAUCUCUGAGAGCUGUUGAGAGAGCAGUAUGGAACAGUCGCUUUUCAGAUGUAUACGCGCUGUGUGUCGCCCAUCCUGAACCAAUGGCUGACAAGUUAUAUGAUGAAACUAAAAGUUUCUUAGAGGAGCAUGUAUCUGGUAUGCUUCAAAGAGUCAAAGGCUCAACACCGCUAGAAAGCAGCGACUAUAAUGAUGGAUUACUAUCAAGAUAUGUAACAGCCUGGAGGGAAUACAGCCAAGGUGUUCAGUAUCUGAACAGCCUCUACUCAUACUUAAACCUUCAACAUGUUAAAAGGCACAAGGUAUCAGAAGCUGAAGUGAUUUACGGCUCAUCGGCCCAUACUCCUGAAGUGGAAAAAUUAAACAGACAACUAGAGGUCGGUGAGUUAGGCCUGGUGAUAUGGGAGCGGGUGUUGGUCCAGCCUUUAUCGGAAGCUCUGACGUCACGUAUCAUUAGUGGGCUCAACGCGGCGCGGGAGUUGAACCAUGACUCCACCACCGCGGACAUACUCCGCACGUCCAUCCACAGCACGGUCGACGUCCAGUCGUAUCGUGUGCGCUCGGCUCUCGAGCUGUACCAGGAGCUGGUGGUGGAGCCGUACUUGGUGGCUGCCACAGCGCAUCACUGCGCGCUGGCCGCGAAGCUGCUCGACUCUGGAGACGUCUCCAACUUCGUACGCCACGUGCUUGACGGUCUGGAGCGUGAAAUAGCUCUGGGCAACAAGUAUCUCCACUCCUCGUCGAGUGAGGCCGUUCGGGCCUGUUACGAGCAGGCGUGCAUCGAGGCCCAUCUGCCGGCACUACAUGCUGAAGUAGACCGGCUGAUCAAGGAGGCCGCGGAAGACAAUCCGAGAGCGGAAGAGCGGCGUGCAGAUCUGAAGCGUAUGUUCGCUUUGCUGAAACCGCUCGGCAGCAACGCGCUUAGACCGCUCGUGGAGGCUGCGCACGCGCAGGCUACUCGCGAAGGUCGCGCUAUGCUGGCGGCGGAACAUAGCAAGGACGAGGCUCACACACACUUCGUAUACUCAAUGCUAUCACUCCACGGCAAGUACAAGAGACUGUUCAAUGACGUAUUCUGUGGAGCGCAGGCCUUCGUCGGUGCUCUGGAUAAGGCGUGUAGCACUGUGGUCAAUUCUCGAACGGAGGGCGAACAUUUCGCUCGGGCACCCGAACUUCUCUCGCGAUACUGCGACGCGCUGUUAAGGAGAAAGGGCUCCGAACGCGAUGCAGACGAAAAAUUGUCGGCUGCCAUUGUGGUCUUUAAGUAUAUUGACGAUAAGGACGUGUUUCAAAAGCACUACGCGAGAGCUCUGGCUAGAAGACUCAUCCACCAGCUAUCAGCCUCGAUGGAACAGGAGGAAGCGAUGAUAAAUCGUCUGAAAGCGGCGUGCGGCUACGAAUUUACCAACAAGCUGCACCGGAUGUUCACUGACGUGGCAGUAUCGGCCGACCUCAACGCUAAGUUCCAGCAGUACCUUAGAGACAACGACCUGUGUACCAACAUCGGGUUCACUAUACAAGUACUGCAGGCGGGCGCCUGGCCUCUAGGAGGGGCUAUGGCUCCCCUCGCCCCCCCACCGCAGCUCGAGAAGCCCGCGAGGCUGUUCGAGACGUUCUACCGAUCCUCAUUCUCCGGCAGAAGGCUGGCCUGGCUGCAUCACCUGUGCACCGGCGAGCUCAGGACAAAGUACACGCAGAGAUCUUAUCACAUCAACGCUACUACGCCACAGUGUGCUCUCCUCCUAAUGUUCGAUACGGUCGACACCGUCCGCGCAAGAGAAGCGCAGGAGACACUCCAGUUGUCGGAAGAGGCGUGGACGAGACACGUGCGCCCGCUCCUGGAGGUGAACCUGAUCACCGCGGAGGGAGACAUUGAGGGAGAUGGGGAGCUCACGUUGAACUUGGGUUUCACUUGCAAGCGGACCAAAAUCAGACUCACUUGCGCUGCUGCACCUCCGACACCAGGUAAUCAGACAGUGACACCUUCGAGCGAUUCGACCCACUGUGAAGACGACAGGAAGAUGUACUUACAGGCAGCUCUCGUGAGGAUAAUGAAACAGAGAAAGGUAUUACGUCACACGGAGCUAAUACAGGAAGUAGUUUCGCAAGCGCGUGGUUCCUUCGCGCCAUCUGUAGCCAUGAUCAAAAAGUGCAUAGAGGCUCUCAUAGACAAACAGUAUUUGGAGCGAACGCCCGGGAAACACGACACAUACUCAUAUCUGGCGUAAAGCUAUCAACACACAAGACGCCGCGGUGGCGGUUGCGGUUGCGGUACUAUUGCGAUUAUUAUUACCCAUUUUAUUAUGAUAAUACAAUUAAAUUGAAGCUAUCGAAUAUAAAACAAUUUAAUGGUGAGGCAUUAUUUUAAAUGAAAACAAUACAAACUUAAGUAUCAGGCUUGACAUCGAGAUGUGUGGUUCGACAUCGACAUUUGACAUCGAGAAGUUUGAACCACGUAACUUUGACCUUUUUUUUUCUUCAAAAUAUCGCGUACAUAAAGUAGAGUAAGCAUUUAUUCAUGAAACAAAAAAUAACAUAAUAUUAUACCAUUUGUUUUGUUCUUAAAAUAAUAGCCCUCACUUUUGGUAUUAAUUAAACAAAUACAACUGAAUAAAACUAAGCUACAACCUGGGAGUUGAACGAAGCGUACAAAAUUAUAUAAACGUUACGUCAGUCCAACGGUUGGCUCAGUUAGUAAGAGCGCUUGCACGGAGCGCGAGAGGUUGCGACUUCGAGUCCCGCAUCGUUCAUAACAUUUUGUUUUCAGUUUUAUUUAAUAUUAUAUACAUAGUUAAAUUAACAAUAUAAAAAUAUGAUGUGAUGAAAAUCACACCCACUCAUCAUUUUUGAAAUCGAAAUUAGGAUCGCCCCAAUUCCAGCACUUAUUUUCAGUAAGUACUUACCAAGUCGACCUGUUGACAGCAGCCGUGGAUAAAAAUACCCUCAAUAAAACGUACCCAAAAGGCAAGUAAUGCCCGUGUAAUUAAUUGGCUAUUACUGCAAAAGACCAUGGGCUAUGUAGACCACUUACCAUCAAGUGAUCGCACGCUCAUUCUCAUCCUUCCCUUCAAUAAUAAAAAAAGUGUGUUUGUACUUAUGUAUGCACGCAAGAAGUUAUACUUCUUUGGCCUAACAAAGCAAAAAUCCUUAAAAUUAUUUAUUCCUCGUUUGUAUAAAGAACAAUAUUGUAAAAAUCUUGCAACGUUGGCUUUGACAAUUAAUUAUUAAAUAACGAAUACGGCUGUACGGACUUGAACCCUUUGCCUAUCCUAAUAAUAAUAACGAAUGUCGCAAAGGUCAGAAAAUUUUAGGAACCACCUUCACACUGUUACUUUUGUGUUACAGUGAUGCGCGCGCAUCUUUAAAUUUCACUCUCAUCAUUUUUCAUAACGCACCUAAAGAAGUAUAACUUCAACAAUCAUUAUCUACGUCGAAAUCAUAAACUUAUUAUACAAGCGUAAUAGACAAACACUCCUCAUUACGGCGAGACUAAAUUUAAAACGUUCAUGUGUGCUAGUUUUAAACAUGUGUUAGCGAGUUGGUGAAGUGUCUCUAUGACAAGUAUUGAUAAACGGCUGCAUAUUCACGUAUAAAAUAUUUUAUUAUCUGAUACAUAUUUUCUUAAAUGAUUAUAAUCUUAAGAAAAUAGAGUGUUUGCUGAAAUGUAAUAUUUAGUAUUUUAGUGCAUAUGUUCUACGAAAAUAAACAUUACGAAAGUAGUAUUGCAGAAUCAGUAUUUACCUAUGAAAUGUUGCAUUAGUCGGAUUGUUGUGAUAUGUAACAAUACAAUCUAAUACAGAACACGACACCAUUAUAUUUUUAACUAAAAUCCGUUAAAACACAGAACAAUAACGAAUAAACACUAAAAUUAAAACGCGCUCCAAUAUGACAGGAGACUAAUGGACACUAAAUUGUUUGUCUAUCAAUCUAUUCCGUCUCUUUCUCACACCUAAGUUUUUAUGUAAGGAUAGUUAUGUCACUUUCACACAGGUUUCGUCUAUUACGUUAUACUAAGUUUAUGGUUUUAAUAGCGCUCUUGUUGCUACACAACGGAUAAAAAUAGGCCAUGUAUAUUACUUUAGUGUGCGUGACAAACUACGUCUUUUUUUUUUAUAUUUACCGGCUCCGUCGACUGAAUGUCGACGAUUAGGCCAACGUCAAGGUGGAGAGAUUUUUUAUUUUAAUUUAGCCGAUUGAAGUAUAUAAAGAGCUGAUUUAAAAGGAAAUGAUCGGUUGAUAUAGCUGUGGUUUUUUUGUGAACUGCACUGUAUUUGUACGACACACCACGUUUCGACGUUUUGACAGCUGUCACAGUCUAUGGUAAGUUAACUACAUCAUUAACUACCAUACAUACUGGUCAAUAAGUUCUCCUAUAUAUUUUCUUCGUUGUUUUAUUUAUAACUAGCUGACCCGGCAAACGUUGUUUCGCCAUAUAAAGUAUAAUUCACGCGAUAGUUUUAUAAAUAAUAGCCUACGUGUUAUUCUGGUGUGUAAGCUAUAUUAUUGUAAAGUUUCAUCAAAAUCCAAUCGGUAGUGUUUGCGUUAAAGAAUUUCAAACAUACAUCCAGACAUACAAACUUUCACAUUUAUAAUAUUAAUAGGAAAUUAAUAGGAUUCGAAAUGUCAAUUCAAACUAUCAUAAGAUAUAACGUAAUGAUUAUUUCCACAAUGUAGUAUGUAUAUUGAUUUGUAACAUAUACAAUGUUCAGAAAACAAUUGAUAGAGGUUAAACCUAAUAGGUUCUAAGUAAUCACAAUCAUAAUAAACCUUAAUGAUAUGCACAAAUGUAAAGUAGUUAACGAGUAUGUUAUUUCCGUGAACAAUGUAUUUUUUUUUAAUUAUUCCAAUAAAUAAUAUUAAACACUUUGCGAAUUUAAGUGGAAGAUGGUGUAAGAUGAUUUAGAUGUACCCAAUAUAGUGGUAAUACAAUUCUAAUGAUGAUCGUACUUAUUCAACUGAUAACUCUACCAGUGGGAGGCUCCUUUGCACAGGAUGCCGGCUAGAUUAUGGGUGUCACUACGGCGCCAUUUUCUGUUGGUCUGAAAUUACAAGGCAUAUGAGACUUGACACCUUAUGUCUCAAGGUGACCAGCGCAGUUGUAGCGCCGCUCAGAAUUUUUGGGUUUUUCAAUAAUCUUGAUCGGCGCUGCAUUAUAAUGGGCAGAGCGUAUCAAUUACCAUCACCUGAAUGUCCUGCUCGUGUCGUCCCUUAUUUUCUUUAAAAAAAAGCUAUCAAGUCCUUACUCGCAAAAUAUAUAGUAUCAAACCCUGAGCGCUUGUAUGUGUCUAAAAGAUGUUCGGAACACGAUUUUUUUUAACAUCUAUAAUUCUGGAUGUGUGGCAUUUCUCCACGGUGCGGUUUUCAAUGACAUUCUUCCACGUACUACAAAGCUGUGGAAUGAGCUUUCUUGUGCGGUGUUUUCGGGACGAUACGAUAUGGGUACCUUCAAAAAAAACAUACGCGCGUACACCUUCCAUAAAGGCCGGUAACGCUCCUGUGAUCCGCGGUGAUCACUUAACAUCAGGUUUAUUUGUUUGUUUGUCCUCUUUUUCCAAAAAAUAAAAAUCGCGAUAAUAUUAGAUGUUUUUGGUAUGAAAAUAGCCUCGAGUAGAGUAGGAGAUAGAGGUGCCUCAUUUGCGCGUGGCAAUAAGUAGAAAAACAAAUUUCGUCGUAUUUUCUUUUUGGUAUUAAAAUAAAGCAAAUGUUUUCAGCAAAAGUGUUUCCCAAGAUGUUCGACAUUUUUUUUUUGGAAAUUAAAGGAAUAGAAUACGCACGGCUCUGUAUCAUGAAACUCGCUGAAAUAGAUUCUCACCAAAUUACCUAUUUUUAACGCGAUUUCCGUUGUAUUAUGACUUAAUUUGUAAAUUUCGAACAAUGUGUGUAUGUAUUUUCUGAUCAAGUGUGUUGAAAAAUAUGAUAUUUUUCAACUACUUGCCCCCUGGUGAUCAAACACUUUACACAGCCAUUUUCAAGGAAAUUGUCAUAUUGUUACUGUUGUAGUAUCGCAACCGUUCCUCCCCCGGUCUGAAGGACCUUUAUACCUACAGCCGAGUUGUUCCGCGCUGUAAUUUUACAUUUUGUUUUUAAUAUUAUGAUAUCAUGGAUUGUAAUUUAAUAAGUAUUGAGUUACGAAGGGACUUCGAAUGAAUUAAGUAAUAUAAUAUAAUAGGUAAGUUAUAAAUAAAUAUUGUACAAAAACGUUA